AUGGAGCAGCAAAUACCUCUCAGCCAUGAAGCCUCGGCUGGCAACACCAACGUGCGUGUAACGACCUCGUUACCGCCCGAGGUCGUGCAGUGUCUCGAGAACGCCCGUUUCCUCCACCUGGCGACAUGCUCCAACAACAUCCCACACGUAUCUCUGAUGAACUACACCUACCUCCCGUCGUCCCCUUACUCGCGCUCCCCGGUCAUCAUCAUGACCACCAACCCAGCCAGCAAGAAGAUGAACAAUCUCGCCAGCAACCCCAACGUCUCCCUGCUCGUCCACGACUGUACGCACGCCGCCGCCCCUUCUUUUGCCCGCCGCCUGUCUUCCGAAAACGCGGGCGGCACCUCCCGCUCGCCCAACCGCGAGCCGCACUCCUCCCUCGCCGCCCUUCUCUUCAACCUCAACACCUCGGCCGUCUCCUCCAUCAGCGCCACCAUCAACGGCAGUGCCCGCUUGGUCGAGCGCGGGUCGGACGAGGAACGCUACUACCGCCAGGUGCACCUCGAGAACAACACGUUCGACAGCGCGGUGGAUACGGGCGCGGGGCUUUUUGAUCGCGGCGACGCUGCCGCCCCCCCUGCUACUGCGGAUGGAGGAGCGGAGGAGGGGAGGCAAGGCGGUGGUGGAAAUAGCAACGGCAGCGGCGCCGGUGCAGGCAGGUUUGCGGUGGGGGAUGAUGUGAGGGUUAUCGUGGUCGGGAUACGGGACGUGAGGAUCGCGGAUUGGAAGGGCGGCGUCACGGACUGGGUCAUUGCAGCGCCUGAGGGGCAAGAAGCGGUCGUGAAUGGGGUGCCCUAA